CACGUACGAGGUCAAGCACAACCACCGUAAAUAAUCCACGAAGAAAACACAGGGGCAAAACAAUGGAGGCGAGCGGCACGGCUGAGGCUCGCCGGCCACCGCACGUGGCGAUGCUGGUGACGCCCGGGAUGGGCCACCUGAUCCCGCUCGCGGAGCUUGCCAAGCGCCUGGCCGCGCGGCACGGCGUCACGGCCACGCUCAUCACCUUCGCCUCCACUGCGUCCGCCACGCAGCGGUCCUUCCUCGCCUCCCUCCCGGCCGCCAUCUCCUCCGUGUCCCUUCCGCCCGUCGACCUCUCCGACCUGCCACCCGGCGCCACCAUCGAGACUCUCAUGUCCGAGGAGUGCGCCCGCUUGGUGCCGGCGCUUACCGGGGUUCUGUCGGGGCUCAGGGAGACGACGCGGAUGGUGGCCUACGUGGCCGACCUCUUCGGGGCGGACUCGUUCGACGCUGCCGUGGCCGCCGGCGUGCCCAGAAGGUACCUUUUCCAUCCGGGGAACCUGCAUGGGCUAACGUUCAUCCUCCACCUCCCGGAGAUCGAUGUUUCCAUGCCCGGUGAGUUCCGGGACCUCGCCGAGCCCGUCAGGCUGCCCGGCUGCGUCCCCAUCCCGGGGCCGGACGUCAUGUCGCCGUUACAGGACAAGUCUGACCCCUGCUACCGGUGGAUGGUGCACCACGCCAAGCGCUACCUAGAAUCCGAGGCCAUCCUGGUGAACUCCUUCGACGCCGUCGAGCCGGACGCCGCCAGGGUGCUCUCUCACCCGGAGCCCGGGCGCCCUCCGGUGUACAACAUCGGUCCGCUCAUACGGGCCGACACCGGCGAGGAGCCGCGCGCUGCGUGCCUGGACUGGCUCGACCGGCAACCGCCCAAGUCCGUCAUCUUCGUCUCCUUUGGCUCCGGAGGCUCGCUGCCGACGGAGGAGAUGCACGAGCUGGCGCUCGGGCUGGAGCUGAGCGGGCAGCGCUUCCUGUGGGUAGUGCAGAGCCCGAGCAACUAUGUACUGCUAGUGCCAAUCACAUUUAUUAUUUCUCGCAUAUUGACAGUUGACAGGGAUAGGACCUCGCAGCUUGCACUAGUGGCCUUUGCUGCUAUUUUUGACGGAAAUUAGAUAUUUUCGACAAAAAAGUAAGUACUCCCUCCGUUCCUAAAUACAAGUCUUUGUAAAGAUUUCACUAUAAACUACACAUGGAGCAAAAUGAGUGAAU